AUGAUGAAUUAUUCAGGCUUUGCAUUGUCAACUGUCCAUAGGCGGAGAAAUUAUGCACGAAGCAUUUUACCAUAUGUCGCUCCUGUUACUGUUGAAUUAGGCACGAAUGCUAUGGGUUCACAGCUUACGUGUCAAUAUAUUCCAGUAAGAGAAAUGUUAAAAGUGUAUCUUGAAAAUCCUGCAAUGAAAGCUCAUUUAAAUGAUCUUAGGGAAAGUGCUGAUGGAAUAAUAAGAGAUUUUACUGAUGGAUUCGUAUAUCAAAAUCAUACCUUUUUUUCUAGUAAUGGUCUUAGUAUCGUUGUUAUGUUAUACCAAGAUCGAUUUGAGCUUACAAAUCCUUGUAAUUCUAUGAAUAAAAAAAGGAAAAUGGUCGGUUUUUAUCUAAAUUUAGGCAAUGUUCCAAACCAAUUUCGUUCAUUAGUACAGCCAAUAAAAUUAGUUCUUUUAAUUGAAGAAAAAGUUUUAAAAUAUUUUUGGACAUGCUAG